CAGCAAGUGUCAUGACGGAGCCGGCGGCCAAAAGUGGUGCUGUUUUCACCACGGUCAACCUUGAAGCAUGGGACAUUGUGGUGGUGGUGGCCUACUUCGUGGCGGUGAUUGCCGUUGGAGUUUGGUCGUCAUGGAGGAGCAGCCGCGGUUCCAUGAGUGGCUACUUCUUGGCGAGCAGAAGCAUGCACUGGAUUCCUGUCGGGGCGUCAUUAUUUGCCAGCAAUAUUGGCAGCGGCCACUUCGUCGGGCUUGCUGGAUCAGGCGCCGCCUCGGGAAUAGGCAUCGCCGGCUUUGAACUCAACGCCGUGUUCAUUCUGAUUCUCCUUGGCUGGUUCUUCGUUCCAGUGUACGUCGCCUCUGGGGUGUACACUAUGCCCGAAUAUCUACGAAAGAGGUUCGGGGGUCAAAGGAUACGAGUGUACCUUUCGGUGUUGGCCCUACUCCUUUCAAUAUUCACAAAGAUCUCGGCUGACCUUUUUGCCGGCGCCAUUUUCAUCAAACAAGCACUGGGAUGGAACCUUUACUUGUCCGUCUGUGUCCUUCUGGUGAUUGCGUGCCUCUUCACUGUCGCGGGUGGUCUCAGUGCUGUGAUAUGGACCGACUUCGUACAAACAAUCCUCAUCGUUGUUGGAGCCUUCGUGCUUAUGGUGCUGAGUCUCGUGGAGGUUGGUGGCUACGACAACCUGAUGAAGGCGUUCGCAACUGCCGAGCCAACGAACACCAGCUAUGCACGCUACACAACGAACAACGAGUCCUGUUCUAGAGUCCCCGACAACUACAACCACCUUCUGCGAUCGCCCUCGGACUCUGAGCUGCCUUGGACCGGAAUGGUCUUCGGCCUCACGAUCUCGGCUAUCUGGUACUGGUGUUCCGAUCAGGUUAUUGUACAGCGGGCUCUUUCUGCCAAAAACAUGGUGCACGCAAAAGCCGGCUGCGUGAUGGCCGGAUACUUGAAGCUCCUUCCCUUGUACCUCCUAGUCCUUCCCGGAAUGGCUGCUCGUGUCUUGUUCCCAGAUCUGGUUGCCUGCUCCAGUCCAGAGCGCUGCCGUGAUGUCUGCGACAACGACAAGGGUUGCACGAAUAUUGCAUAUCCCCUACUGGUCGUCAAGCUUAUGCCUGUUGGGGCCCGCGGAAUGAUGCUGUCCGUGAUGUUGGCAGCGCUGAUGUCGUCACUGACGUCCAUCUUCAACAGUUCCUCUACCAUUUUCACCAUUGACAUCUGGAAGAAGUUCCGCAAGAGCGCGUCUGAGGUCGAGCUUCUCAUCGUUGGACGGACAUUUGUGGUAGUUCUGGUGGCCGUCAGUAUCGUCUGGAUCCCGAUCAUCGAGGCGUUCCCCGGCAGUCAGCUCUUCCACUACAUCCAGAGCGUGACCAGUUUCCUGGCGCCCCCAGUGUGCGCUGUCUACGUCCUUGCCGUAUCCUGGAAGCGAAUCAACGAGCCAGGUGCAUUCUGGGGCCUCAUGGUCGGGCUGGUCGUCGGAAUGUGCCGCUUCGGCUGGGAGAUCUCGUACUCGGUGCCCGGCUGCGGAAGCACGGACCCCGAUCCGCGGCCCCCCAUCAUCUCCAGCGUGCACUACCUGCACUUCGCCGUGCUCCUCUUCUUCAUCUCCGUCAUCACCACCGUUGUCAUCAGUCUGCUGACGCCGCCCAUUGAUGAGAAGCAGCUGUACCGGCUGACGUACUCCACACGGAACAGCACCGAAAUCCGCGAGGACCUCGAGAAACCGCGCAAGAAAUCUGUGUACGAGAUUACCGCCGUCUCCGGAGGCGUAGAAAACAAGGCGUUCUCCAAGAGUUCGGACAACCUGACGUCGCCGAACGAGAUUGCAAUGACGACCAGGGGUCCCGCGUCACCCCACCAAGCCAUACCCACUCCUCCUAGAGAGAUGUCCGGCAUCAAGAGAGCGUUCUUCUGCAUCUGUGGCGUCACGUCAACGCACGAAAGGGCCGAAGCGGACGACGCCAACCCGAUGCCGGCGCUGUCUCCGGCGGAAGAGGCGCACCAGGCAGCGGAGUCGCUCCAAGAGCACCCAGUCUGGGGCAAAGUCUGCAACGUGAACGCCGUUGUACUCAUGGUGGUAGUCGCCUUCGUCUGGGGCUUCUACGCGUAGGCAUCCGGACGGCGGACCACGUGAAAUUAGCUGCUCACAUUUGCUUGCUGUCAGAUUACAGCGAUGGCUGUUGUGAUGGGCUCUGACCACCACCGGAAAUCACGUAAUUCGUUGGUGCUGUAGUUAGCGUAGUAGGGCGCAGGGUGUCCGUCAUCGACGUUGCCAAAUCCUUAAAAAAGAUUGCCCGCCGCCCGCAGGAGUCGAUCCCGGGCCCUCUGCGUGCCAAGAGAAGGCGUUAGCACAGAGAGCGACGCCACGGCGGCGUAAACGACUCGCUUUGUACUUAGGGUUUUGGUGCAGUACCCGAUGCCCGCUGCAUGCGCUCUCUAAAAAACAAUUAACAGAAAUAGCCGAUAACAAAAAUGCCGUUGUUGCCCUGUCAAUACCAAAAGCUCGUUUCUGGAAACGCGCUUUCACGCGCUCUCAAAAAAAAAAAAAAAAAAAAAUAUUA